CGCAAAGCACCGGCAGAAAGCAGGACGUAGCGGUCGGGGCGUCGCCGGCUUGGCCAGAACCCACGAUAGUCAUGUCUGCAAGGAUGUAGCACAGAUGAGAUCGAGGAGGUUGUAGUGGCAGGAACUCGUGCGACACGCUCAACUUUGAUGCGGCGGAUCUCGUUACAGUCUGUUGGAGGAGAAGUGUUGACAGCCUAACUUCCAGAGUGUUGCCCAGCCAGGAACUGUUUUUUACAAUUAGACCAAAUGUGAUAUUUUCAUUCCAUGUUAAUUUUAACAUGUACAUAUUCUAGUGUAGUGAAACAUUUGUAGCGAUUGACAUUACAAGUUCUUUAGUGACGACAGACAUUAUAACAGUUAAUCAAAUUAUACAAAUAUUAUUCUAAAUAAGUAAGUGCCCAGCCAGACUCGCGUCGCAAGCUCAUACACACACACUCCAUUCUCUUCUUCACUAAGGUAGCAAUAAGCAGACAGACAGACACUCAGAUAUGGCAUUCUGUGGAAUAAGCAUCCCAAAAAAGGUGAAGGGUGGAGACCGGUUGAUCCUCCAGGGGUUGAGAAACCUAUGAAAUUUUCUGGUGGACCCGAUCGCUUAGUGGAAGUCGUAGAGCCGAGGGGACGAAGUCGAGUCGGCAUUUUGGAGGAUGGUGAGGAGCUGACCUCAGCGUGGCCUCCUGGGCAGACCCUCAGUGAUGCGACGCAGACGACGGAAGACGAAGAAGCUACUCUCAGGGAAUUGCUUAUGAGUCUACAGAGGCAGGUGAGCGUGAUGAGCAUGAAUCUGUCGGCGAAGCUGGACGAGCUGCAGACUCGCGGCGACCGCCAACUGGAGACUACAGUGGCGCUGUGCGAGAUCCGCAGCCAGCUCCAGGAGCUGACCAAGUCGGUGGAGUCAUGUCAGAGCGAGGUCAGCGAGGUCAAGCGAGACAUGGUGGCCAUCAAGAACGAGCUGGACACUGUGCAGCAAGUCAAGGAGGAGAUAGAAGAGUUGCGCGAAUAUGUCGACAGGCUCGAGGAACAGACCCACCGGCGGAAACUACGGCUACUGGAGCAGGGGCUGACGUUCUUCCUCUCAUACACAAUUCUGGCCUCCAUGCUGGGUAUGCUGCAGUUUGGCUACAACACCGGCGUUAUCAACGCUCCUGAAGUUAACAUAGAGAAUUUCAUGAAGGAUGUAUAUAAAGAUCGGUAUGGAGAAGACAUACAGGAUGACUCUGUACAACUGCUGUAUUCGCUGGCAGUCUCAAUAUUUGCGAUUGGUGGCAUGUUGGGAGGAUUUAGUGGUGGUGUCAUUGCAAACAAGUUCGGAAGGAAAGGUGGUCUGCUGCUGAACAACGUUCUGGGAAUCGGAGGAGCUUGUCUCAUGGGCUUUACAAAGAUAAUGCAUUCUUACGAAUUGCUUUUUCUGGGCCGUUUUAUAAUUGGAGUCAAUUGUGGUCUGAACACAUCAUUAGUGCCAAUGUACAUCUCAGAGAUUGCACCGUUGAACCUACGUGGCGGCCUAGGGACAGUGAAUCAACUGGCCGUCACUAUCGGAUUGCUAAUCUCCCAGGUCCUUGGCAUUGAGCAGAUCCUGGGCACUGACGAUGGCUGGCCCGUAUUGUUAGGUUUAGCAAUCUGCCCCGCUGUUUUACAACUGAUUCUGUUACCGGUGUGUCCAGAAUCCCCUCGUUACCUUCUAAUACAAAAACAAUGGGAGGAGGAAGCGAGAAAAGCAUUAAGAAGACUAAGAGCAUCUAAUAACGUAGAGGAAGACAUAGAGGAGAUGCGAGCAGAGCAGAGAGCACAGCAGUCCGAGUCCAUGAUCUCAAUGACUGAACUGAUAUGUUCGCCGACGCUAAGGUCACCUCUAAUUAUAAGCAUCGUGAUGCAGCUUUCCCAGCAGCUGUCUGGCAUUAAUGCUGUAUUUUAUUACUCUACGGGUUUGUUUAUAAGUUCGGGAUUAACUGAAGAAACGUCGAAGUUCAUGACGAUAGGUAUCGGAGCGAUCAUGGUGGCCAUGACGCUGGUGAUCAUGCCUCUGAUGGACCGUAUGGGACGUCGAACUCUGCACUUAUACGGACUUGGGGGCAUGUUCAUCUUCUCGAUCUUCAUAACCAUCUCGUUCCUCAUAAAGGAGUUUUUUGGUUAUGUGCAGGAGAUGAUUGACUGGAUGUCAUACCUGUCUGUCGUCUCUACGCUCAGUUUUGUAGUGUUCUUCGCCCUGGGUCCGGGCUCCAUCCCUUGGAUGAUCACAGCUGAGCUGUUUUCACAGGGCCCUCGACCUGCUGCCAUGUCUAUAGCAGUACUCGUCAAUUGGUUGGCUAACUUCCUCGUUGGUAUCGGUUUCCCAACGAUGAAGAGUGCUUUGGAAAAUUAUACGUUCCUGCCAUUUAGCGUGUUCCUUGCAAUCUUCUGGAUCUUCACUUACAAGAAAGUGCCAGAGACCAAAAAUAAAACGUUUGAAGAGAUCCUGGCGCUGUUUAGACACAACAAUGGAAGGGGGAGCCUGCGCGACAGUAGGCUAUAUGGCCAGGAGGGGGAGGGGGAGUGUUGUGCUCGGGCCCGUUGGCGCUUCCCCCACGAGUCCCCCAGCGACCCUCAGCCCCCACCACCGCCCCCGCCGCGACAGACGUAUUGAUCUCUUCAUCCCAUCGUGAUCCUCGUCUCCGUCGCUCAUCGCUCUAAACAUCUUACAUUCUGUUGCAGGUUUAGUUUCUCUCAUGAUCACAAAAUGUUCCCGUAAACUGUUGGCUGCUUGGCCCACUCACUCUCUGCACUGUAAUUUUCAACUUUCAAGUUCUUGGUAAGACAAUUUUUAAAGAAAAUUAGCUUCAAUGUGAUCAACAAGGACAUCAAAUUGUGAUAGAUUGUUAUAAUGAACUAAAUUUUAACAUUUUUGCAUUAUUGACCACAAUGGAAAACACAUGUUGAACUAUUUCAAUAUUUUCAAAAGUUUAAGAAACUUUUUGAGGGUCUGUAGGUUGUAUAAGACAUGUGCAAGUAAAAGAUGUUAUAUCAAAAUUAUUAUUGUAUCUUUGUAAAAGAUAUAAUGAAUCAAAUCUAAUUGAACACAUCUAACGAGGUCUCUUUGUUGGUUAGGAUGUUUACUUACCUUAUUCAAAACUGUCUGUUAGAAUUAAUUCUCUUGUGUACAAAAGUUAUCAUGUUCAAAGGAAACACUAAACCUGGCAGGUAGUACAGAAUUAAAUUAUUCUUAAAUAUAAAUUAGUGGCUUUUGAUUAUAUGUUGGUCUUAAUAAUAUAUUAGUAAUAUAAUAAUAAUAUUUUAUUUUAUAACAAAAGUUCUUUCAUUAGUUUUUUUCAUAUCUAAAAUUUUGACAAUCAGCCUUAUUUAUAUAAAAUAAUUGAAAAAUAUGUCUAUGAUUUUUUUUAUUGUAUCUGCAUGACUUUAUUCUGUAAACAUUCAUUUAACAAUAUAACAAAAAAAACCUUAGUUUGGAAUGUCUGAUGUUGAUGGACAUUGUUAAUUUAACGUAGUUUAGGGAGAUGUAAAUUGGUUCUAUUGGAACAAAAUGAUAGUAAAGUGCCCACAAGAUAACACUGAGUUAAUAAAUAUAUGAAGCCUUUAUCUGUCCUUUAAUAUUCGGAGUGACUACUAGAUAUCACAUACAAUGUUUUAGAAAAAUGUUAGAAUUUUAAAUUUAUAAACGAUUUAUUGUUUCUUUAACUUGAUUCAAAAUAUCAAGAAUAUGUCAUAAUUUAUUUAUAAUUAAUAUCAUAAACCAAUCUUACUUGAGGACAGUACCAGAAAAAGACCCAUAGCCAUUUUACGUUUUUUUUAAAUCAACUACUGAAUAUUUUACUUCAGUUAUUUUUAGAUUGAAAAUAUUUGGUUCAGUCUUGUUGUACUAAAAUAUUCAUUAUGGUAUACAAAUUAGUCAUAUAAGAAUGGGAAAUGAUACAAUAUGAUUUAGCCAAAGAGUAGUGUGUAAAGAUAUUGACUUUAAACUUGCUAAGCAUGAAGAAAACAUUAUUGCAGAUCUUUUAAGUGAUUACCAGAUAAAGGACAGACUGUCAAUAAUCAGCUAAGAAAUUGUUAAAGGAAAUACGCUUACAAAUAUACAACAUUCAUACUGCAUGCAUACAACAUCAACAGUUAAUGGUAAGUGCUAAUAAGCAAGGUAUAAUAACUUGGUUUAUGUGUUUAAUGGAUUAAUAGUUGAGUAAAUAAAUAACUCCACUCAUGAAAAUUCUAGGUGUUCUGCGACUAUAAAUUAUACAAUUAAAUAUAUUAAACCAAUUAUUGGAUUUUUUACAUAUACUAGUGACAUUUACUGCACUGUUUCCUCAAAACUGUAAAAAACGACCAUUAUUUUAUAAUGGAGCCUUAGUAGCUAAUAUAUAAAUUUAUUAUUGCAGUCAGUGGGUCACAAGCAGCCACAGUAUUAAGACACAAUUGCAUAGCUUUGUUAAAAUUAAUUCUAGAUUGUUUACUCAGUUCUGCACUACAUUGAAUCUCCUGCAUCAUUGUUAUAGUUGGCAAAGCAAUAAACAAAUAUAAAAUUGAACAGUAACAGUGAUGUGGCAGAUUAAAUAUUCAUGUAAAGCACUGUAUACAAAAUGAGCCUUGAGGCUACAUUAAUAAUGAAGCUGUCACAAAUAUGACUUUAGACAAAAUGUUUGGCUGAAUAAAUUUAGAUUUGCCUUGUUUAUACUAUUAAACUUAAAAAUAAAAAAAGACUACAUACCAUCAAACUGGAUAAAAAUACUGACAGGUUAAACAGAUUAUUUCAUAAAUUUCAAAAUUCCUGAGAUGAAGCUCCAAAUAGAUCUCAUCUUAUUCCAUUUCAAUUGGAUGAAAACCCUCCAUAGUUACGUUAUACAACACAAUAUGUAAUUCAUUUGGUGUUCUAUGGAUUUUAAUUGUUAGUUCUACUUAUUCAUACAACGUAAAAGUACAACAUACAUGGAAUGGAAUUAGAAAAGGACAUUUUCAAUCUUAAAACCACACUGAAUUAUGUUGUAAAACUAAAGUCCCUUACCCUAAUUUGGAAUAAACAGAAGAAAAAUUUGGUAAAGAAAUAAAAAAAACAGCAGAAUGAUUCUCAAAAAUGAACAGUCUCAAUCAAUAAGUUGGAAGUCAAAUACCAAACUAAGAAUUUUAAACCCAGUUUUGAUUAUCGAUUUUCCUUAGGUCAUUCUGUGGUUACAUUUUAUGGAUUUUUAAUGAUGGUGUUUUUAAUAGCAACAGAUCUUUGGUUUUCUUGUUAAUUCAAUUUUUGGUCUUGUAUAAGUUAGUGGUGGUUGACUGAGCAGCUGGCCUACAAGAGCCAACUAUGAUGAAAUCUCAGUGGUUACAGUCCAGUUAUUGAUUUAUAAUUUAUUCUUGUUGUGUUUGUUUUAAAUUGUGGGGUUCAUUGAACUGGACCAUUCAUUUCUUUUCUUGUGGUUUGUAACAUUUUUACGCUUUUGUUGGUUACAACUCUAUAUUUAUAAUUAGAUUACAGUAUGAAUAUAUAUGUCACAGGGUUUUCAUCCACUUCAGAAGAAGUCUGGCAGGAAGUAUUAAAACCCUUGUGUUCAUAUAUUUCUCAAGUUCUGACAAUGGUCAAUAUCAAUAACAAGUAUAUUUUUCUUCAAUUCUGUUGACAAAAAUCAGUAUUAAACAUUGAACUAAGGAAUUUAUUCUUAUUCCAUUUAGAAAGUUUGAACUUUUAAAGAAAGGGAUUUAUUUUUAAAACAUUACAGAUUUUUUUAACACUUUAUAAAUAUACUUGUAAAUAAAACAAUGGAACUUUAUUCAAAAUUCAAUUUGCCAAUUCCAAACUUUAUUAUUGAAUUAGAAGCUCAUCUGUGUUUGAAGAAAAGUAAUGUCAGUUACAUAAUCCGUUUAAGAAAUAGGCAUAUUAUGGAAUUUGAACCAUAUAAACUGCUUGAUUCAUUCAGCUUGGAAGUUUUGUAUACAGAGUUGUGUGAUCUGCUUUACAUUUUUAUCACAUGGGAUGAAGAUUUAUUAUAUAAUAAAUUAUUCCUAUAUUUUGUUGUUUGGAUUGAGUUACCAAAUAUAUGUUGAAUUGUUAAUAACUAUUCCAACUGUUAUACAAUUAUGCAUUGUGUUAUAAACUGUUGCUUAUUGUUUUAAUACAAUAUCAAUGUGGUUCCAUUUGAAGCCAAAUCCAUCGGUUGAAUGUAUCAUACUAUAAUCUAUUUGAAAGAGAAAUAUAAGAUUUAAAAUAAAUAUUGUGUGGUGGUUACUUAGUAUUCUGCUCUGUACCAUGCUGCUAAUAUUUAUUGCAAUAGCUAUAGUACGAAAGUAAACGCUUUUCUAAAACAUCUUGAAUUGCUCUAAACUGAUUCAUCUACCAAACAAAGAUAAAAUCAAAUAAUUAGAAUUCUAUUCGUUUCUAUGAACAUUUAUUCAAAAUACAGUUUAAAUUAAAGUGUCACAAGGAAAUAUGUAAGAUUAAAUUAAUACAAUAUAAAUAGCACAAUAAAUUUAUCUCACAACAAAUGUUGUAAGAUAAGGUUCUCUUUUACCAGAAUACAUCAGACUUUAGUAACGCAGAUUGAAGUAUGAAGCCCAUUAGUAUCCCACUGAUAACUACAAACUGAUAUAUAACAAAAAUCCUAGAGACACAUUCAAAAUUCAUCUUUAAAAAUUAAACACGCAAAACAUUUAAAUUACUAAGUUUUUGAAAUAUAUCCACAGUUUAUAUUUUGAAUAAUACGUAAAAUAAUACUUACCUACUUAUAAUACUUAAUUCAGUUUGAUAUUGAGAUCUGUUAAAUAAUGCAACUGGUGGUCAUUUGACUCAUUAGAUACAUUACAUUUAAUAAUCAGCAAAUUCAUCUAUUUAAUACUAUUUUAAUUAAAUAUAUAUUAAUUUGGUUUUGAAUCCUUCUACUGGUUGAUUGAAUUAGAUAACAAUAAUUAUUGUAUUUUUAUUGAUGUAUUAAAAAUAGUAAAAUAAAAAAUGUAUCUGAAGAAAUAAAUAUUAAUGUACAACACAAGCUUAACUUAUUUUAAGAUUCUGUGGUGUCAAAAAUAUGGUAUGGUAUUAUUUCUAUAUUUUUAUUGAAAAUUAGAGAUCAAACAAACAAAAUUACUUAUACAUUAAACUAACGUCUAAUAUGUCAUACAGUACAAAGUCAAUCAAACAUAUUUUCACUGGUAAAUUCUGGAUUUUGCUUCAAGUUAAUUACAUAUGGAUUUGACUUCAACUUGAACUUUAAUUUAUCUUUCUGCCACUGUUUUGUUACUCUUUGUCUCAAGGUAAUGCAUACCAGUUUUGUUGCACAUUUUAAAACCAUGUGUGUUUUAAAAUAAUAAAAUUAUUAUAUUAGAUAUUUUAUAUCUCACAAAGAUUUAUAACAACUCUCUUCAAAAACUUUGAAUAUCACUAGAUAUGAGUUGACAUUAUUCAUGUAGUUUGUAUAUUUAGAAAGGUAUCUAUCUUCAACGACAUGUAAAACUGGCUGAAAGUGACCGAGUCCAUCAGGAAGUUUUAAAUAUAAUUACAUUUGAACUCUGAAUUAUUAACAAAAAAUAUUCCAUUGGAUAUAAUACAUUUGUUAUUUCAAUUAAAGAUUAUGAGUUUAAAACCUGUAAUUAAAUAUUUUAUUUUGGAAUCCUUCAAAUAUGUUUACCAAGUAUUUACAAUUUUAUUUAGAACUAAGAAGAAUAACUCUGUUCUCAUUUAAUUUUCAAAUAUUAAGAAAAGUUUGUAUUAUAAUGCUGAAGCUCACUGCUUUUACCUUAUUAAUAAAACUUAUUAAUUAAGUUUAUAGGUGAAAAUAUUUCUAAUACAAAACCAGUAGUGGUUUUUAGAAACAAAUCUGCUGUUCAAACAAAAAAUAUUUAGAUAUCUUAAUUAUUAUGAAAGUUAGAAAAUAGUAUUUAAAUUAAAUAUAUUUUGUUUAUUACUAAUAAUUAUUAUACCAAACUAGGCAAUAAGAAAUUACUUUUUUUUGAAAACCCACUUUAUACUACAGAUAUAAUUCUAUAAUAAGACAUAAAAACCCAAUGAUGGGCUCGGCCAUAAUCAGUUAGAAUAAUUGUAAUAUGAACAAAAACUGCCUUAGUUUUAAGAUGAAGGCUGGAAAGUACAGAAUGGCCAGUGUUAUGGAAUAAUCCACCUGUAUUGAACAAGGAGAAUAUUUUAAUUCAUUAUUGCAGAAAUUUAUUUUUCAAAAGUUGUACAUAAGUAUAUAUAAAACACAACCAAUAUAAUGUUAAACCUCUAUAAAUUGUUGAUUGUAAUAUAACGAUUUAGUAGUGUUUUGUUAAUUUUUUUACUGUUAUCUAUUAAGUAUUUAAAAAAUACAAAAUUAAUUGCUCAUCAAGCGUUUUACCAUAUUGCUAUGAGAAGAGGUUCAUAAGCUUUUAAUGAGUUCCAACUUUAAAUUAUAUUAGUUAUAAAUUAAUUCAUAAACGUAAACAAUUAACAUGUGAAUAACAAAUGUUAUUGUGUAAGUUGGGCACUGUAUGUGAAAUUAUUUAAUUAUUGUAGACAUGAUGUGUUUGUUGAACAUGUUUAUGAAGUGCAAAAUAAAAACAAUCAUUAUGAUGAUUUUGGUAUAGACAAUACAAUUUUGUCGUGUUCCUAAUACAUUCUUUUCUUACAUUGUUACUACCAAUCGUCAUAAAAUAAACAAAUUGUUAGCUCAUGGGAAAAACAAACUGUCCCAGAAAUUAAAAGUUGUAAUAAGUAGGUUUCAUAGUAUUAAAAAUUGAUAAUGUUAUUUCAAAAUAAUUUGUCUUUUCCAAAAUAAUAUAAAACGCAAACUAGAUACAAAUUUGCUGUUAUGAUAAAAAUGUUUCUUGGACUGAUGCCUAGACUAGAGUUGUGUUAUUUACCCCAUGUACUUUGUAACAAUAUGUCACAAGGUAAAAACAUAUGUAACUCUAAAACCACUUAUAAUCCAGUUUUGAAAACCAGUAAGUUUUAAAUGUUUAGCACAUCAAAUAUUUCAUAUAAAAUUAAACUUUUGUAUUAUUAAGUAUAGCUUAAGUUUCAUUCUGGAAAAAUAAAAUGUUAAAAAUUAUAAUACAUUAGUAAGUAUAAUUGUCAGACAUUAUUGCUGGAAUAUGGAUGUUACAAAAACUGAUAUUUGCUCAGAUCUAUGACCAGUUGUUUCUAAAUGGAAGGGAGCGGGACAAAACAAAAGGAAAACUUAACUAUACUAACAUGUAUAAUGUUGUUAAAUAAGAGCCUCUACAACAUAAGCUCACUGAAAAGCCAACCACAAAAUAGCAUGCACUGUGUGGGGAAAAUAUACUAUAGAGCUAUUAAGAUUAUAAGUCAAGAAAGGCGAGGUAAGAGCUGUCUAUAACAUGGCUUUCAAAUGUUGUAAAAGUCACUUUACCAGUUGUAACGAGGCAUUCUUCUGUUAAAUUAUGAGCUAAUGAGCAUUACUUAGUACUCUUGUAACAUCUCACUAGCUGUAAUUGGUACUUUACACCUGGAAUGAAAAAAACUAGACAGGAAUUGACAGGAAAAACUAAAUCUAUUUUUCAGUUUUUCGUAACACUAAGAGAUCUCAACAGCCCAUAAUACUUCAAUUCUCUGCCACUAAUAAAUCACUUAAUUGUGAAGGGUAAUAAAUAAUUAUUUUAAUUAUUGUAGUAAUUAAAUAAUUGUGAAGUAUAAUAAAUAAUUCUUUGAAUUAUAGUACCGUAAUGAAAAAAAAAAAAACAAGCGACUGGGUUUAGUUCUAAGUAAACCAAUCACAAAAGCGUCAAUCACAGCCCAAUAAUGAAUUUAAAAUACCAAGUUUCUGUUUAAACAGUUCACAUAUUUUUGUUAGAGAGAGAAAACAAAUUUUCAACAACUGAGCAAAAUUUACUACUUUAUUUACUUUAGGAAGUGUUUGAAUCUCUUUGUCUACAGAAUUACUGGGACUGUUUGUUUUUCUUGGAUUGUCUUUCUUGUCAACAUAUUCAAAUAAAUAUAUUUAUUUCUGUUAUUACAAGAGCUCCUUUAAAAUGAUGUCAUGUAUAAAGUGAAUAAUAAAUAUAUGUAACUAACUAAUAUUCUCUUUUAAUAAACUUUUAUAUCACAAUUUUCCACUGCUACAUGCAAAGUACACUCUAAGUUUCAUUUGAUAAAGGAUAUACAACUAUUAAGGACAACAAGAAAAUUAUGAAAAUAAUUAAGCAAGUCGUGUAAAAUCAGAGAAAACAAGGGUGUGAUCGUAUGCCACCAGUCAGUUGCGCUUGGUCGACGGCUCGAAUGUUAUUCUAAAUGUAAAUAUUGUUAUUUAAAACAUUUCUUUUGAACAUACAUUCAUACUUUGUUGUGAUUUAUGUUAAAUUUUUAAACUGUAAUGUAUGUAUGCAAGUAUUUUAGUGGUACAACUAUAAUAAUAUACCUAAUCUAGACAGCAUUAGAUACUGGUAUUCCAAUAUUACAAAUUAUUUAUAUUCUUUGCAACAAAGCUGUAACUGAAGUAUUUUGAAUAUUUGCCAAUGCAGUUUAGGUUAUUGCUAUGACAUUGGUAAAAAUUUAAACCUCUUCAUCUUUUUGCUACAGUACUUUUCCUUACAUAUUAUAUUUUUAUUUACGUUCUUUUUAAAAUAUAUAAAUAUAUAAUUUUUUAUUUAUAGUUGAUUCCUUUUAGAAGGUAUGGUUAAUAACUACCUUGAGCAAUGGUUAAUUAUAGAAAUCUUGGCUGAAAAUCAGCCAUGACUGUAAAAAGUAUUUCAAAAAAUGCAAUAAAAAUUAUUCUAUCUCUUUA